AUGCCGAGCCAGCACGCACCGGAGACCAAGCGCAUCCAGUACCUCACCAGGAUUUUGGCGGCCGGUCGCACCGAGAGCACCAAUCCCCACGACCUGCGCCCCGAGGAGAUCACCAAGCACAAGAAGGAGCUCGAAGCCCUGAAGCUUCAGCGCUCCCAGGGCAUCAAGAACCGCCGCCACACCACCGCGGAGGCGGACCGGGUGAUCCAGUCCGUGGAGGCCGUGGCCGCUUCCCACGCCGAGGACAUCCGCCUGUCCGCGGCGGUCGUGGUGCGGCACGUGGACGGCCGCUUCGACGCCGCGACGGCCGAGAGGGCCGCCAUGAGCACCCAGCUCGCCGCAAUCCAGGGCCGCCUGGAGCAGGUCGUCGGCGUGCCCGGGAGCUCCAAGGACUGCGAGCAUCAGAUCGCGCAGCUCCGGGAGCAGAAGAAGCGCAAGGCCCAGGAGGAGCGCGUGGAGCAGAAGGAGGCGGAGAAGCGCCGGAAGCUCCUGGAGCCCUUCCGCGUGCCCUUGGAGGAGGGCGACGUGGAGAAGGACGGCGUGGUGCUCCGCGGCGCCGGCACCGCCUGGGCCGCGGGGUGCAGAGUGGACGCCGACGUCGACUUCCAUGAGAUGCGCUGCAAGGUGGUCAUCCUGGCGGAGAAGACCACGCUGCAGCUGAAGCACAUCAACUCCGACCAGCUCGGGGCGCUGCUCCGGGCCCAGGGCUACGGAACAAAGGUCGUGCGCAUCUUCGCGCUGGCCAAGGGCGCCCAGGAGUUCGUCCGCGUCAAGCUCGAGAAGCACAGGAGCAAGCCCCUGCAGGUCAUCGCCAUCGAGGCGGCGCAGCCCAUCCAGGUCUCCCGCCUCCUCGCCGUGCGCUUCGAGACGUUCCAGUUUUUCCAGUCCUACCUGCCCUUGGACGGCGCCGCGGUGCCCCCGACGCCGGCGUGGAUGGCGGCGCCCUGCACGCCGGCCCCUGCCACCCCUGCCCCUCCCACGCAGGCCCUGCCCGCCCCCGUUCCUGUCGCGGAAGCCAUGGCCGUGGAGGCCGAGAUGCCGGCCGUGGAGGCCAUGGAGGCCCCGCCGGCCGUGGAGGCCCCGCCGGCCGUGGAGGCCCCGCCGGCCGGGGAGGCCCCGCCGGCCGUGGAAGCCGUGGAGGCCCCGCCGGCCGUGGAGGCCCCGUCGGCCGUGGAGGCCGUGGAGGCUGUGGAGGCCGCGGGCGAAGCGGCCGGCCGCCGAUUCCGCCGAGAGCCCGCAGCGCCCGAGUCCGCGAUCGGGCCCUACGUGGAGCCGGCCCAGCGCCCGUUGUCGCCGGAGGUCGCUGCGGCCCUCGCAGCCCAGCCAUGCGCGGACGAGUUCCUGGUCCGGGAGCCCGAGCGGCCCGCGGAGCCGGAGCUGGUGGAAGUCCACGGGUUGAAGGGCUCCUGGCUAGAGGACCGUUGGUUCCAGCUGGCAGCGAAGACCUCGGAGGAGUUCCAGGAGGCCCUGGACGUCAUCACGGCGAAGGGCCCCGACGUCUUCGACCAGUGCCGCAUCUCCGGCCCCGGGCGCACCUGCAACGAGUUCUACAAGGUCAACAGGGCCGGCAAGGUGGCGGCGCCCAGGGCGAAGGUCUCCUACGAGCCCGAGGAGGCCAAGGUGAGCGUCCACGUGGUGAGCCCGUGCACAGGCGCCGGAGCGGUCCGGGAAAAAGACCUUGUGAGUGUUUCGGAUGAGCGCAUGUCGCCUCGCCACAGCCAGCUCGUAGCCUCAGCCUCCUUCAGCUCCCAGCCUCCUUCAGCCAUGGAAGUCGUCGGGCAGAUCUUUCUGCGGUGGCUCCUCGUGGAGAACUUCCGGCUCCACGAGGAGUUCGUGGAUCAGCCCCAGCCCUUGUGUUGCGACAUGCUGGGGCCUUGGCACCGCGCCGCGACCUACCUCCUGUGGGGGCGCUGGAUGCGGCAGUGCCUGCUCCUGGGCGGCGUGCCCGAGCACCUUCGCCUCCAGGUCCGGCUUCAGCUCCAGCGAGCCGGGCGCAUCGUGACCGCGGCCUGCCUCGUCGCCAGUCGCGACCUCGAGCGCGCGAGCCGACUCACGCGGUGCCCGAUCAGGGCUCCGAUGUCGUGCUUGUCGGCCCUGCCGGAGUUCGGUGAGAGCGAAGCAUACGUGCAGUUGGUUUGCGACUGCGUGCGCUUCGUCACCGCGGACCCCGUGUCUCAGCUGCGCAACCCGCGGUUGGCAGUCUUCCUUGACGGCGAUAGAAGCUGCAUGCGGGAUCGCCUGGCAACCUUGAUGCACCAUCUGCUCGAGGAACCGGAGACCGACUACGACGACUUCGAGUACCGUCUUCAGCUCGUCGAAGCCAUGGUCGCCCGCGUCCGAGAGUGCAUGGCCAGGAUCCGCGCGGCCAAGGCGGCCGCCAGGAAGAUCCGGAACCUGCGCGCCUGCUCCGGGAGCUUCCUCCCCGCGGCCCUGCUGGCCAAGAUGGUCCGCGACGCGGACGAUGCGGUGCGGGCCGAGGACCGUCGCCACCACGAGGCGGUGAUGGAGGAGCUCUUGGCCGAGCAAUGCAAGGCCCUCGAGGAGGGCCUGGAGUACUUCGAGCCGGACACGGUUCACAACCUGAACCCGCACCACCCGGGCACCGAGGUCACCCGCGCCAAGCUCGCGCGGGCCGGGGACCUCCUCCGGCGGGCCACGUGGCACCUCCGGGACCGCGGGCAUUCCGCGAGGGCCCGGUACGUCGAGCGGGCCUUUCUCCGGUGGGAGUCCACGCGGCACCUGCUCGCGGAGAGCCCCCGCAAGACCAUCGCAUGGCGGGGCCACCGGCCCCGGAUUGAAGUCCCGCAGCUGCCGCACCGCCAAAGGAUCGAUUUGGAAGCCAUGGCUGCAGUCGGCGAAUUCGUCUUGGGGUGGCUCUUCGAGAUCACCUUUCCGCUGCACGCGGAGUUCUCGGAGCGGCCUCAGCCGCUGCUCCAGUACAGCCGCCAGUGGCAGUGCAGCUGGGACUACCGCGCCUGGGCCAAGAUCAUCCUGCAGUGCCUGCUGUGCGGCGCGGUCCCGCCGCACCGGCGCUUCGAGGUCCGCUUUCAGCUGCAGCGUGCGGGGCGCCUGGCGGGCGUCUGCGAGGAGAUCGAGAUGCGCGACGUGCUGCGCGCCAGCUGGAUCCUGGAGCGCCCCCUGGUGCCGGCCAGCUUUUACCUGGGCGCGGUUCGAAGGAUGGGAGAGAGCGAUGACUACAUCCACGUGGUCGACGCCGUCCUGCCGGAGCGCCCCGCCGGCGCCCGGGAGCUGCCGCUCGACGGCGAGGCUCCAGAUUUGUCGCCGCGGAGCCUGCAGGACGCGACGGAGUACAUGGAAGCACUGGUGGAGCAGCACCUGGAGGGUGGCCUCUUCGACGAGGGGUCCGAGAACCAGGAAGAUUGA